AUGGCAUUGGAGGAAUGGAGGCACUGGCUCGAAGGGGCGAAACAUCCGUUCAUUGUGUGGACCGACCACAAAAACCUGGAGUAUCUCCGCCCCGCCAAGCGCCUCAACUACAGGCAGGGUCCAAGAACGUCAAGCCAGUUGUCUCGCCGCUAUAACCCUACGGCUACCACCCUGGAGCCCGAGACCAUACUUCCCACCUCGUGCCUGGCGACGGCACUCAGCUGGGGUAUUGGGAAACAGGUCCGGGAGGCGCAGCGGUCCCAGCCGAACCCGGAGGGGAUGUUCGUGCCUGACGCUGCAUUCCUCCAGGCUUGCCUGCCACCCGGCGGACCCUGGCCCAGUCUAGCUGCACCUAAAAAGGUUUUUCGAUGCCCUUCGGGAUGCUCGUGCUCCAAGGAGACCAUUAUCUGUGUCGGGACCUCAAGUGUACCACGGACUAUGCCGAAUGACAUCAACUCACUGAGCAUAGUAAAUGGAUCCCUCGCAGAAAUCACAGAGGCCAUGUUCUCCCUCAUGCCAUCUCUGCAGUUGCUGCUUCUCAAUUCAAAUUCAUUGACCACCAUCAAAGAUGAUGCUUUCUAUGGCCUUCCUCAUCUUGAAUAUUUAUUCAUAGAGGGCAACAAGAUUGAGACUAUCGCCAAAAAUGCCCUCAGAGGUCUCCGAGACGUGACUCAUUUGUCGCUGGCUAACAACAACAUGAGGGCUUUGCCAAGGGAUCUCUUCCACGAUCUUGACUCCCUGCUAGAGCUGGAUUUGAGAGGCAACAUAUUUCAGUGUGACUGCGAGAAUAAGUGGCUGAUGAUGUGGCUGAAAAACACCAACGCUACCGUAUCGGAUGUCAACUGCGCAGGUCCCAUAGAAAUGAAGGGCAAACGCCUGAACGACCUUCCCAUCCCGCCAGACGAGUGUAUCUCCACGGACUUUGUCCGUCAUCAGUCCAUUCCAACCCAGGCUUUGUCGGCUGACAUUUUCUCCCAUAAGGAGGACAUUUAUGUGGCGAUGGCUGACCCCAAUUACAACAGCUGUGUGGUCAUGGAAUGGGACCACAUUGAAAUGAAUUUCAGGCCUUUCGAUAACAUCACAGGAAAGUCUGUUGUUGGAUGCAAGUCUGUUCUGAUUGACAACCACGUCUUGGUAAUCGUGACUCAGCUCUUUGGCGGCUCCCACAUCUACAAGUUUGACGAUCAACAAAACAAGUUCACCAAGUUCCAAACCAUUGAGGUCUUCAACAUCUCCAAACCCAAUGACAUUGAGGUGUUCCAAAUAGCCGGCGAGUGGUACUUCAUCAUUGUGGACAGCUCCAAGGCAGGCUUAUCUACUCUGUACAAGUGGAACGACCAAACGGACCGGAACGAGACCGGUUUCUACUCCUACCAGUUCCUCCACGAGUGGUUCCGAGAUACGGACGCCGAGUUCGUCGAGCUAGACGGGAAGUCCCACCUCAUCUUGGCCAGUCGCUCUCAGGCGCCCGUCAUUUACCUGUGGAACAAGAGCAGCCAGAAGUUCCAACUGCACAGCGAAAUCCCAAACGUUGACGACGUGGUGGCGGUCAAAGCCUUCCAGGUAGACGAGGAGCUCUACCUGGCCAUGACGUGCUACAUCGGGGACUCCAAAGUCCUCAAGUGGACCAGCAAGCAGUUCACUGAGGUGCAGGCCCUGCCUUCUCGUGGCGCCAUGGUCCUCCAGCCAUUUUCAUUCAAGGACAGGCACUACUUGGCCCUGGGCAGCGAUUACUCCUUCACACAGAUCUACUUGUGGGAUGAGGAGAUCAAAAUGUUCUCCAAGUUCAAGGAUAUCUAUGUGCAGUCUCCACGUUCUUUCAAUGUGGUGUCCACUGACCGGCGUAAUUUUUUAUUUUCCUCCAGCUUCAAAGGGAAAACUAUGGUCUUUGAGCAUGUUAUUGUCGACAUAAGCCUGUGA